UUUAGGAACUAGUCUGCAGAUAAAUUACAAAAGACUAAAUCAAUUAAUUCCUGCGAGAUCUACAAAUAGAUUUCAAGAAACAAAAUCCGAUCGUUCCUUUACAGUGAAAAAAGUGACUGAAACACAGUGUCGGAUUGAAAAAGUGCAAUGUCAGUGAAGAAUUACGUAAUUCGUUCUAAAGUGCAGUGGGCUGGUGGGGGGGUGCAGCUGACGGUUCGACAGUGAAUGAUCUGGAACCAGUGACGACAGCAGAAUGUCAGCAGGAUCGGCAGUGGCCAUGAUCGGCGCAAACCUGCGUUUCGGGUCGGCCGGAGCGACCAACUCAUCCAUCCUCAACCACACGCGGCACUGCCCGCCGGGCGGCGCCGCCAGCGCGGCGGCAUUGCUGGCGCUGUCGGGCCUGGGAAUGUCUGCGAAUCUAGCGCUGAUGACGGUCAUAUUGAGCAAGAAGCAGUUGAGGAGGUGGUCACACGGGCUGCUGUUCCACCAGGCAGUAGUGGACUGCGCCCGCGCCGCCAUUUUGCUGCCGCUCGGCAUCGCCGUCUUCCGCUGCCAGCCAGUCUACAAGUGCUCGCUGGUCGAAACUGCGUUUCUACUGUUGGUAACGGUAUCAACGGUGAAUAUGCUGACUACGGUGUUGAACGACAGCCCAAUAUUUCCUGAAAACGAAGAAGAACAAGCCGAUUUAUCUGCACCCCUGCUAAUGGACAGCCCGCAGUGCGUCCUCUUCGGCACAUUCAUGAUCUGGUUCGCGUCCAUCACGAUCAACCUCGGCCCGACGUUUCUGUCAGGCGCGCUAGCAGCCAGCGCCGGGCACUACGGAUCCUACGGACCGGCGCCCUCUUGCCCUCUAGUCCGUGGGCCUUUCAGACACUACGUCCUUAACGCCCUCUGGAUCGGUGUCAACGCCGUAUGCGUAGGCCUCACGCUAUUCCAUCUCAAGAAACUGCACAGAGACCUCACUAAGGCUAACGUAGAGGCAGUUCGAGUAGCUGGUCUAGUGACCACGCUUGUCAGCAUGGCUGGAGACAACAGGCGCAUGGACUCGCUGCCUAACAGCGUCGGACCGAGGACUGUAGACGGAGCGUUAGCGGACGGCCAGCGCAUGCAAAGCUCGAAUCUGCCGCUGGGCGGCGGGCGUCGCCUGCGCGGGUACCUGGCGCGAGUGGAGAGGGAGGGGGUGCGCCGCGUGCGCAUGUUUGUCGUCAUCACCGCCGCGUACGUGCUGUUCUGGGGGCCGCUGUUCAUCGUGACGCUGCUGCACCACCCGGCGCUGACGUCGCAUAUAGCGUAUGAGAUGUACUUCCAAAUCUCGCUGCACAUCUCGUACGUGCACGCCGCGGUGAACCCUCUGCUGUUCAUGGCCCUGCACCGCGCGCUCCGUCGAGCGGCCCUGCAACUGUGCUGCGGGUGCUGUGUGCAUUGGAGCCAGUUUGUUCUGGCACUUACAGCUGCUGCUCAAUCACCACUGGCACCAGCCUCGUUCUCCCCAGCCGCAGCAUCGCCCGAGCCUCCCCCCGCACCGCCCCCACCCAUGACGCCCCCCGCGCCCCCGGCGCCCGCGCACUCGGUCCCCGCGCCUCACACGAUGAUGGUAAUUACUUCUUAUAUGGAGACGAGGAUAUGAUGGGGGAGCCGUGGAGCGGCGUGCGCCGGCCCCCGCGCUCCCCGAGCCCCCUGCUGCCCGCGAUCUAAGCGGCCUCGGCCUUCCACGCGGCCGUUCUGCACCAUGCCGCGUCCUCGUAAGCCAGCGCCCGCGCCGCGGCCGCCACACAUAUCCGCGCUGCAUUUACUAUCGUCCGUGUCCAAAUAUCUAUGUAAAUAUACGUGAAACAUCAACGAAUUAUGUGUAUAUAGUUAGUAAAUUAGCGAAACAUUUAUGUACGAAGUAGUUUCUGGUUUACAUAUAAAUGGUAAAUUAAAACGGUAUUCUACCAGAGACUUGCAACUUCAAUAAUGGAGAAAAAAGUGCAAAAUUCUUUGAUUAAGGCAAAAACUAUUACGGGACUAAUUGGCUAUUAAUAAGUGAACCUGAACCUGGAAUUAAACUUGUUAUAAGGUUGUAUAAUGGAAUAAGAAUUAUUCUGAGGCUAUCCUAUCAGAAUCAAUCUAAUUUUAUUAUAUUUAUUCGGACUAAGUAUAUUUAAAGUACAGAGUAAAUCUAGUUCUUUAAAAUUAUGAAUGUUUAUGGUGUAAUCGAUUAAUGUGUGUUCUAAUUCUAAAAAUUAAGCACUUAGACAAAGUUUAUAGAGAUCUUAUUGUAUUAUAAACGUAUGUAGGUAUUUUAAAUAUUAUACACUUGUAACAUUUUAUGGGAAGCUCAAAUUCUAAACAUGAGGACAUAGCAUACAUCUCAAUCAUAUGCACUAGAAAUAUUACUGACUGGAAUCGGUCAUAGUCUAAAUAAAGAUUAUAUUUUUGUUAGUAAAAAUGCAAUCUCCUAUUAUGUAAGCAAUAUGUUCUCAAGACACCAAUUAGAUAGGGAGUGUAGUAUAAAAUA